CCUGAUGUUUGAUUGGUUCCCUGAUGUUUGAUUGGCUCCCUGGUGUUUGAUUGGUUCCCUGAUGUUUGAUUGGUUCCCUGGUGUUUGAUUGGUUCCCUGAUGUUUGAUUGGUUCCCUGACAUUUGGUUUCCUGUGUGUUCAGGUAUGCCCUUCACUUCCUGCUUCAGAGUGGACUCACCUACGGCAUCAUGAUCCUGACCGGAGUGGAACACAUGCACAAAUACUGCCUCCUGGUGGCUCUCAGCUACCUGAGUCUGUGUCAGAUCACUCGAGUCUACGUCUUUGACUACGGGAUGUACUCCGCCGACUUCACAGGCCCCAUGAUGGUGAUCACUCAGAAGAUCACCAGUCUGGCCUUUGAGAUCCAUGACGGGAUGGCACGAAAAGAGGAAAGUCUGACUCCGGGACAGAAGAUUUUGGCGAUAAGGUUUGUUUGUAGAUUGUAGUUUCUCGCUCACCUCCCAGUGUAGAGACCAGAACCUUACUUACUAGUGGGGCGACUGUGGUAAGUGGAGAGCAGGGCCGUCGGUGGUUCGAUCCCCAGCUCCGGCUCUGCUAGUUGCAUGUCGAUGUGUCC